AUGGAUAAUCUGUUGCCUCAAUCUAAAUUCUCUUUCUUCAAAAAACAUCCUCUCCAUGCCAUUAGGAAAUAUGUCUCGGCGCUGAGGAAAAACCAAAAAGCGGAAGAACAGGUUGCACGUUUUCAAAAACUUCCUAAUGGUGAAAAUGAGACAAUGAUUCCAGUGUUGACAUCAAAAAAAGCAAGUGAAUUACCAGUCAGCGAAGUUGCAAGUAUUCUGCAAGCUGAUCUUCAGAAUGGUCUGAACAAAUGUGAAGUAAAUCAUAGGCGAGCCUUCCAUGGCUGGAAUGAAUUUGAUAUCAGUGAAGAUGAGCCACUGUGGAAGAAGUAUAUUUCUCAGUUUAAAAAUCCCCUUAUUAUGCUGCUUCUGGCUUCUGCAGUCAUCAGUGUUUUAAUGCAUCAGUUUGAUGAUGCUGUCAGUAUCACUGUGGCAAUACUUAUCGUCGUUACAGUUGCCUUUGUUCAGGAAUAUCGUUCAGAAAAGUCUCUUGAAGAACUGAGUAAACUUAUGCCACCAGAAUGCCAUUGUGUGCGUGAAGGAAAAUUGGAACACACACUUGCACGAGACUUGGUUCCAGGUGAUACAGUUUGCCUUUCUGUUGGGGACAGAGUUCCUGCUGACUUACGCUUGUUUGAGUCUGUGGAUCUUUCCAUCGAUGAGUCCAGCUUGACAGGAGAGACAACGCCUUGUUCUAAGUUGACAGCUCCUCAACUGGCUGCGACUAAUGGAGAUCUUGCAUCAAGAAGUAACAUUGCCUUCAUGGGAACACUGGUCAGAUGUGGCAAAGCAAAGGGUGUUGUCAUUGGAACAGGAGAAAAUUCUGAAUUUGGGGAAGUUUUUAAAAUGAUGCAAGCAGAAGAAGCACCGAAAACCCCUCUGCAGAAGAGCAUGGACCUCCUAGGAAAGCAACUUUCCUUUUACUCCUUUGGUAUAAUAGGUAUCAUCAUGUUGGUUGGCUGGUUACUAGGAAAAGAUAUUCUGGAAAUGUUUACUAUUAGUGUAAGUUUGGCUGUAGCAGCAAUUCCUGAAGGUCUUCCCAUUGUGGUCACAGUGACUCUAGCCCUGGGUGUGAUGAGAAUGGUGAAGAAAAGGGCCAUUGUGAAAAAACUGCCUAUAGUUGAAACUCUGAGCUGCUGUAAUGUCAUUUGCUCAGAUAAAACUGGAACACUGACAAAGAAUGAAAUGACUGUUACUCACAUAUUUACUUCAGACGGUCUGCAUGCUGAGGUUACUGGCGUUGGCUACAAUUCAUUUGGAGAAGUGAUUGUCGAUGGUGAUGUUGUUCAUGGAUUCUGUAACCCAGCUGUUAGCAGAAUUGUUGAGGCGGGCUGUGUGUGCAAUGAUGCUGUAAUUAGAAAUGACACUCUAAUGGGGAAGCCAACAGAAGGAGCCUUAAUUGCUUUAGCAAUGAAGAUGGGUCUUGAUGGAGUUCAACAGGAUUAUAUUAGAAAAGCUGAAUAUCCUUUUAGCUCUGAGCAAAAGUGGAUGGCUGUUAAGUGUGUACACAGAACACAGCAGGAUGGACCAGAGAUUUGUUUUAUGAAGGGUGCUUAUGAACAGGUGAUUAAGUAUUGUACUACAUACCUUAGCAAAGGACAGACUUUAACACUCACCCAGCAGCAGAGAGAUCGGUCCCAACAAGAGAAGGCACGAAUGGGCUCAGCAGGACUCAGAGUUCUUGCUUUAGCUUCUGGUCCUGAACUGGGACAACUGACAUUUCUUGGCCUGGUGGGAAUCAUUGAUCCUCCUAGAACUGGUGUGAAAGAAGCUGUUACAACACUCAUCGCCUCAGGAGUAUCGAUAAAAAUGAUUACUGGAGACUCACAGGAGACUGCAGUUGCAAUCGCUAGUCGUCUGGGAUUGUGUUCCAAAACUUCUCAGUCAGUCUCAGGAGAAGAAAUAGAUGCAAUGGAUGUCCAGCAGCUUUCACAAGUACUACCAAAGGUUGCAGUAUUUUACAGAGCUAGUGCAAGGCACAAGAUGAAAAUUAUUAAGUCUCUACAGAAGAAUGGGUCAGUUGUAGCCAUGACAGGAGAUGGAGUAAAUGAUGCAGUUGCUCUGAAGGCUGCAGACAUUGGGAUCGCAAUGGGUCAGACUGGCACAGAUGUAUGCAAAGAAGCAGCCGACAUGAUCCUGGUGGAUGAUGACUUUCAAACCAUAAUGUCUGCAAUUGAAGAGGGUAAAGGGAUUUAUAAUAACAUUAAAAAUUUUGUUAGAUUCCAACUGAGCACGAGUAUAGCAGCAUUAACUUUAAUCUCAUUGGCUACAUUAAUGAACUUUCCUAAUCCUCUCAAUGCCAUGCAGAUUUUGUGGAUCAAUAUUAUCAUGGAUGGACCUCCAGCUCAGAGCCUUGGAGUAGAACCAGUGGAUAAAGAUGUCAUUCGUAAACCUCCGCGUAACUGGAAGGACAGCAUUUUGACCAAAAACCUGAUACUUAAAAUACUUGUUUCAUCAAUAAUCAUUGUUUGUGGGACGUUAUUUGUCUUCUGGCGGGAGCUACGAGACAAUGUGAUAACGCCUCGAGACACAACAAUGACCUUCACAUGCUUUGUGUUUUUUGACAUGUUCAAUGCACUGAGUUCUAGAUCCCAGACCAAGUCUGUGUUUGAGAUUGGACUCUGCAGUAAUAAAAUGUUUUGCUACGCAGUUCUUGGAUCCAUCAUGGGACAGUUAUUAGUUAUUUACUUUCCUCCACUUCAGAAAGUUUUUCAAACCGAGAGCCUAAGUAUACUGGAUCUGCUGUUUCUUUUGGGUCUCACCUCAUCAGUGUGCAUAGUGGCGGAAAUUAUAAAGAAAGUUGAAAGGAGCAGGGAAAAGAUUCAGAAGCAUGUUAGUUCAACAUCGUCGUCUUUUCUUGAAGUCUGGCUCUGGGAGAGGCGUGGACAGCAGCUGAUUCAGAUACAUCCCCAUCAGCAGACAGCUCUGCCACUGACAGAAGAUGUGAGCUGUGUCUAA